UUGUACAAUCAAAAUCAGGAUAAAAGAGAAAUUACAAGCAACCCUGCUCUUGUCAACGUAGUCGUAAUGAAAGGCUGCCGCUGCCAGCAGCGCGAACCUGUGUUAGCACUUUGGGACUGGAAAAAGAGACCAUUCAGCAGAACUUCAGCAGCGAGGCAAAGGCCCAAGCCCUUCAGGCCCAGCAAAGGGAGCAGGAGCUGACACAGAAGAUGCAGCAAAUGGAGGCCCAGCAUGACAGGACCGAAAGUGAACAGUAUUCAUUGCUGACCUCCCAGAAUGCAUUUUUGACAAAGUUAAAGGAAGAGUGCUGUACGUUAGCCAAGAAACUGGAACAAAUCUCUCAAAAGAGCAGAUCUGCCAUAGCUCAGCUCAGUCAGGAGAAGAGGUAUGCAUACGGCAAACUGAAAAAGUUACAGGAAAGAAACGAUGAGUUGGAGGAGCAGUGCGUCCAACACGGGAGACUCCAUGAGAUCAUGAAGCAAAGGCUGCAGCAGCUGGACCAGCACAGCCAGGCCACUGCCCAGCAACUGGUGCAGCUGCUCAGCAAGCAGAACGAGCUCCUGCAAGAGCGGCAGAGCCUGUCGGAGGAGGUGGAGCGGCUGAGAGCCCAGAGAGAAAGGGAGAGAUAGAAACAUCACUGAAAAGAG